UUUAGGCCAGUGGCCAUGGGUAUUUGUUUCUUGCAUAAAAGAGGGUCCUAUUCAGAGGCCGGCUCAACGGUGCCACCUUCCACCACCAUCCACUCACGAAAGCAAAAAGCGAGGGAUUCUCUCCUCAAGCAGCAAAGAUCUGUCCAGCGAACCAGAUGCCGAUGCUCAGUCACUGAUGACUGCUUGCCAACACCGGCCUCUCAAAGAGGCCAAACGCCUCUCCUGAUGUACGCUAGAUGGAUUGGAAGCCUGACACUUUCAUCCCAUCCUUUCUGAGUUGGAACGUCAUGUCCCUCUAACACUCGGUUUAGAUUCCCACGAGCAAGAGGGGAAAACCGAGCACAACUCCUCAACAACAUUAAAGAACUUAAAGACGGUCUAGUUUAAAUUUCAAGGCCAAAGUCAUCUUUGAGAAGGAGCGACACCUUUUUUGUUGGUAUGAAGGCCAAAGCCGAGGCUAUGAGAGAGCUGAGCGUCAGUGCAGGAUAUUGGCUGGUUUGCUGUGCGUGGCUUUUGACAAUUGGACCACUUAGUGGUAUUGAGGGCGGUUGUGGCAAUCGGGAGGCCCACAAAUGCUGUCCAGGUCGGAAUAAUGACUGCUUGGAUUUCUCCCGGAGGAGAACUCCAUGCUACUGUGACACCUACUGUGAGAAAACCGGGGACUGUUGUGAAGAUUAUCACGCCGUCUGUCAAGCAUCAGCAGCUGUUGAUUGUGUGAUUGGCCCUUGGGGACCCUGGAGCGAGUGCAGUUCCUUGUGUGGGACUGGGAGCAAAGACCGGAUGCGUCAGGUUAUUGUGCCGCCUCGGAAUGGAGGAACCCCCUGUCCGGAUCUAAAGCAGAGGAGAGGAUGCCUCGGGGACGGCCCAUUGUGUGACACCGCAAAAGAGGUGGCUAAGAUUCUGCCUAAUUAUUUUAAAAGGGACUUUAAGGAUCCCUGGAGAAGACCUCACAUGCUGAAGAGGGAAAAGCUGCCAAGUUACUGUAUCUACUUCCGUCUGAAGCAGGUGGGAGCAGCCUGCCACCUGAGUUUCUGGAGCAGCCAGCUGGCGAGAGAAAGGCACGUCUGUGUGGAGUGCCAAGGGGAUGCUGUGGGAAGCAAGAAAAGAUGUCAAGGGGAUGGGCUGCAGGGAGCCAGGACAUUCUGGACCGCUGCUUCAGUCGCUGGCUGCCAAGGCUCUUGGAUGCAGGAGUCUUCCCAGGAAAACUGUGUGUGUCCUCGGCAUUCCUUCAUCUUUGUAUGAUGUUCUGUCAGUCUGUAGGACAAUUUUAAGAAUAAGAGAGAGAAGUCUCCGAUUCAGCUGCCAGUUUCUGAAGAACAAGCUGGAGACAUCAAGGGAGAUACCAAAUGAUAUUUUCAUGCCAAUUUUUACCUCAAUGUUGCUGCAGUUAUAAUUCCACUUUUUUCCCUUUUAUAUUGUCUAACUGGGCUAUGUGUUUUUUCAAAGCGCCAGAAUGUCUCAUUCUCUCUCUUGAAAAGAAGAAAAAAAAAUACCUCUGAAAAACUUUGUCACCUACCUCGGAUGCUGCAGCUAAAAUGCUCUUUUCCUGUUUUCCACAACAAUUCCCUGUAUUAUUUAAGGGAAGAAUUAAAUGGCAACUGCCUACUUCUUAAUUUCUUUAAAUUGAAAAUACGAAGACAGGAGAUUUCAGUGUGUUCCUUUGUCGCUCUAUGCUUUGUGUGAUACAUCCCAGCAAAAUCUACGGGGCUUAAAUGUACAAUGCCCCCACCCCCAGUGGUGGGAUCCAAACAUUUUAAUAACAGGUUCCGAUGGUGGUGGGAUUCAAACAGUGGCGUCGCCGCACAUGCACCUCCAGUCCCUAUUGGACAGGGAGGUUGCUUUAGUAACCCCUUCUUGGCACUCAGAAAAAAUUAGUAACCACUUCCAGAGAAGUGGUGAGAACUGGUUGGAUCCCACCUCUGCCCACGCCCAAUAAACAGGACUUAAAUGUGCCUAACUUUUUUUUUAAUUAUGUCCAAAGUGUGCAUAUGUGUUUAUGUUUUAAUGCAAAAUGCAUUCUGGAAGGCUUAAUCACCUAGUUGCAGAACUGUCUAAAAACUAAACAGGAAGAAUGUGAAGUGAUGUCAUGAUUACUUCUAACUGUACAAGAAUGACAUCAGAGCUGUGAUUGAGGUACCAGGUUAAUCUCUGGCUGUUAACUUUAGAAGCCAGUUAUGAUAUGGUAUGGUGUAUUUUAAUUUAUAAACCACCCUUCCACAAAAGGCUCAGGGUGGUGCACAACAACACAAUAACAACAUCGAUAAACAUAAUCCAGUUAUGCCAUAUAUGUUAUUUGUAGAGGAGUUCUUAAAGAGUUAACAUCUUGGCCUUUCAUUUUGCUUGAUGUUUUUGGUGUUUCUUUUUGGGAAUGGGGUGUCACAUUAACUUUAUUCCAAACAAAAAUUAGCAUUAAAGGAUCUAAAUGAUUCACAAGAUAUAACCCCCGCCCCCACAAGUGGCAUAUACACUGGAGCAGCUGUGGCGUAGGAGGUUAAGAGCUCGUGUAUCUAAUCUGGAGGAACCAGGUUUGAUUCCCAGCUCUGCCGCCUGAGCUGUGGAGGCU